UGAGCCGUCUGGACCUGCAGCUGCUGAAAUGGAGUCGAAUGUGUUGGAUGCGAGCAACCCCUUUACAGCAGAAGGCGACCUCCUGCUUUCAGACCUGGACCUGUACGACGCUGACAUCUAUGAUGUCCCGGACCCGGGGCUGCUCAAGGAAAGGAAUGAGUCAUCGUUUUCGGAGCCGGCCCCACGGCUUUUUACCAGCAACUCACAGUGGCAGAACAUGAGCCCGAGCGCCCGUGCCCGCCAGUUGUGGCUGCUCCUGCGUACAGGCCUCCAGAACUUCGUGGAAAAGGAGAAGAAAGCUGAGUUGCGCGUGGCGCGUUUGACCCACGGGCUGGAGCCACUGCGCCGCCUGGAGGUGGCACCCGGGCUACGUUCGGUGGCACAGGACCCGGUGGGCCGACGCUUUGUGAUGCUGGAUGGUGCGGGCCACCUGCACUUGCACAGGGAGGACGGCUGGAUGCAGAAGAAGCUGCUGGCUCCUGCUGCUCUCACGGGGCUAGUGACAGUGCUGGGUCCGCUGGGCACUGUGGGCCGCUUUGUGGGCUGGGGCCCAGUGGGUCUGGCCAUACUGAGAUCUGACUUCAGCUUACUGUGGCCGAGUAAGCCAGGGGUGCACAGGGUGCCAGGCUGCGAGCCCAUCUGCUGCCUGCCAGUGCCCGAUCUCGGGCUGCUGCUAGUGGCCGAGGCAGAUGGCAGCCUGGCGCUUUGGAAGUUCCGUUCAGGUGGCCGCCGCCUGGUUCCGCACAGGUCACCUCUGCAGCCACUGCCGGGCCAGGCAGGUGCACUUGCGCGUCUGGCUCUGGGGCCUCAGCCUCCCCAUCAGGUCCCGUGCUGCUUCGCAGCCUAUGGCUCAGCCGUGCUCACCUUUGAUCUGCAAGCCUGGGUUCUCAUAGAUGUGCGUCAAGAUCUGCACAAAACUACCAUCUGCGACCUGGCGUACUGCAGAGAUGUAGAGGCCAUGGUGACAGCUUCCCGGGACAGCACGGUGAAGGUGUGGGAGGCUGACUGGCAGAUCCGGAUGGUGUUCGUGGGCCACACAGGCCCGGUGACUGCAGUGGCUGUGCUCCCCAACACAACCCUGCUGCUGUCAGCUUCGCAGGACGGGACGCUGCGCACAUGGGACCUGCAGGCAGCGGCGCAGGUGGGCGAGGUGGCGCUGAGCUGCUGGGGCCGGGGCGUGUCGUCCGAGAGCGUGAACCGCCUGCUGGCCCCGCGGUGCGCCGAUGGCUCGGUCUACCUGGUGUCCGUCUCGACGGGACGCACCGUGAGUGCGCUUCUGCUUGAGCCUGCAGACUGCGUGGCUGCCGUGGCCUAUUGCCUGCCUCGCGAAGCACUGUGGCUGCUGACACAUGCGGGACACCUGCUGUGUGCCAAUGCGGCUCGCUGCCCCAUGCGGGUACUGCACCGCCUGUGCCCGCCGCCACCCCCUGCGCCCAGGCCCUGCUGCCUGCACCUCUACAGCCACCUCACAGACCCCAGUAGUGCAUUUGCCACCUGGGAGAUUGUGCGCCAGCUCAAGGACGAGCUGUGCCCCAGUGACAUGGCCUGGGCCUGGAAGGACAAGAACCGGUACCUGCCUGUGGUGGGGCACACCGACGGCGCCCUGUCCGUGCUCGACUUGCGCUCAUCGAAGAGAGUCUUCCACAUGGUGGCACACAGCCCAGGACCCGUCACCGCCAUCGAGUCCACCUGGAACAGCAUCGUGUCCUCCGGUCAGUACGUCUCCUCCCCUAGGAGGUGGCCUGGGAACCCCGGCUUCCCCCCCAACCAUGGCUCCCGCCCCCAAGGGGGAGACUUGACUGUGAAGAUGUGGCGCGUCUUCCCCUACGCUGAGGAGAGCCUGAGCCUGCUUCGCACCUUCUCCUGCUGCCACCCGGCCGUGGUACUCUGUGCACUUGGGAAGCACGUCACUGUGGGCUUUGAGGACCCCCACAGUGCCACCUAUGGCUUGGUGCAGUUCGGCCUGGACAGCAGCCCACGCUAUGAUCACCAGCCUCAGGACGACCCCACAGACCACAUCACCGGCCUGUGCUGCUGUCCCACGCUUAAGCUGUAUGCCUGCUCCAGCCUCGACUGCACCAUCCGCAUCUGGACAGCAGAGAACCGCCUGCUGCGGCUCCUGCAGCUGAAUGGUGCCCCUCAGGCCCUGACCUUCUGCAACAACAGCGGGGAUCUGGUGCUGGCACUGGGCUCCCGCCUCUGCCUGGUGUCCCACAUGCUCUACCUGCCCACAUCUUACCUGGUUAAGAAGCUGUAUGGGAAGGUCCCCGACAUGGUAGACGACCCUCCACUGCCCCUGAAGAGCCAGGAGUCGCUGACCUCAGCCCAGCUGCGGAGGCUUGCCAACCUGCAUGGGGCGGCCAGCCUCAGCACAGCCUUGUCCUUCAUCCAUCGCCAGACGGCAGCACCUCAGCAGCCAGUGUUGGAGGAGGACUUGGAAGCCCUGGUUGCCCGGGACCAAGACCUUCAGCAGCUGAGACUGGGGCUGGUGAGCCCGGCCGCCCAGGCCCCACUCUCUGGGCAGCAGUGCCAGGAGGCCUUCGAUAACUACCUCCGUCUGAUCUACGGCCCCGGCCUGUUGGGCAAGUAUGCUGGAAGAGAGUCCCAGCAGUGCAGUGCCUUGCCCCUCACUGUGGAGAGAGAGACCUGGGAAGUGUGCAACCUGCCCAGAGACGCCCCUAGCCUCGGACAGGCUGGGGUCUGCACUGAAGCCCCCCCAGCGUCAAUGACCCUGCCACCACAGGACCUGGGGGCUCUGGGCCGGCGAUUUGCCCGCCCUCCCCGAGUGCCCCUGCCUGUCCCACCCCACCACCAGAGGGUGCACAGCAGAGCAUCCCAGCUGCUGGCUCGCUCCUCCUUGAGCUGUGAGCUGGGCCUCAGUCUGGACCUGCAGCUGCAGUUGGAGUGGCUCUGCAGGGAGACGCCUGUGGCCCCGGACCCCCUGUCCUCCCACCUGCAGCAUAGGAUCCCCCUGCCACUGAAGAGGCGGCCCCAGGAGCUUCUCUCCAACCUCGGGGGCUUCUUUCCCGCCACCAUGCAGCCCUACAAGAAAUUGACACGGCCUGUCCACUUCCCGGGCUGCGUGCCCAACUCCGCGGUGCUGCAGCAGAUGUGGCUCCCUGGGGAGCCAGGCGUGAGCCAGGACGACCUGUGGCUGGUGAGGGGCAUCAGACGGCAGCACGCCAUGUGGCAGCAGAGCCUGAUCCAGUGGUUGGGGGAAGAGGAGGACAAGGAGCUGCUGGACUGGGCCUCAGAUGCCCUGAGCCCCUGUGGGCAGCUCUCUGACCAGCUGCUGGAGUCUGAGGAGCUAAAGGCUCAGGUCUCUGAGUACUUGACCCAGAGGCCCAUGGGCUCCCAUGACGACACCACCAGGACAGAGACCCAUUUCCGCCGCCCCCCACACCAGCGUGGGCGCGCGAUCUGGGAAGAGCGCCACGGGCACCUGCCUAGCUUCCUGCAUUUCUUCGUUGGCCAGAACUGGUUUAAAAAGCUGUUCCCCAUCUUCACCCUGGAGGCGUACCCUGAGGUGGGCACGGUGGAGGGCCUGGCCUUGCUGUUCAUGGACCUGCUGGACGAGGCCUCUUGGGCCAACCGCGUGGACAUCCUGCAUGCGCUGCUAAGGCUGCUGCCCGACGUCAGCAGAGGCCUCUGUGGCCGGCUGCAGGGCAUCCUUGUGCGCUUGCUCAACCUGGACCAGCCGCCGAGCUUCGAGGACAAGACCCAGAAGCAAUUCGUGAUGCUGGCGCUGCAGCUGCUCCUGGCCUGCUCCCUGGAGUCCCGCGAGGUGGUGCUGGAGCUCAUGUCCUACUUCCUCUACUCGCCUGCCUCCUGCCGGCCAGAGCUCAAGAAGCUGCUGGACGGACUAGGCCUUCAGGACCCGCAGGGCUUCCUGUUCCAGGAGAUGUUGACCUGGGUCCAGGGCCCAGACUGUGACUCCAAGGCCGCACUGCGCAAGCGCUGCUGCCAGAAGCUGGAGGAAAUGAUCCAGCAGCUGCAGGGCCAGCAGGCUCCCUGCCCCGCCCCAGCUCUGUGCCUCAUCCGUCCUCCCCAACCCCCAACCCCUCCCCAUCUCCUGGGAUCCUCCUGCUCCUCCCUGGGGAGGAGAUGGCAGUGGGGUCUCCCGCAGGCUUGGAACUGGGGCAGCACCACUUGGGCCUCCCUAUUGGUGGAGGAGGGGGCAGCCUCUGCCUUGGACUGCAGUGCACCCUCCACUGGCUACCUUCCCCUGCAGAUGGAAACCCUGCAGCCGUCUGUGGCCAAGUUGUCCGAGAUCUUGCCCCAGGUCUCGGAGACCUCAGCACCCCUCCCUCCUGCCAAGGAGGGCCUGUCGCAGACUUCCAUGGCCUCUGGGGCAACUGUUCACAUCUCUGUGACCCCCUCGGUCCGCUCCUGGAUGCCCUCGCUGGUGGUCUCACCUGGGGAGCCGGACGUGGCCGCCCUGGAGUCUCAGGCCCAGCAGAUGCCACCACAGACGCGCUUCAGGCAGACCAGACGCACACUCUCUGAGACCCUGAUUCACUUCUGCUCUUCGCCCACUGCACUGCUGGAUGAGCCUCUGCUGCUGGAGCAGAUGGACUGGUCACAGUCAAAAGUGCUGGACCUGGGGCCCAUCGACGCCCUCAACUUCUUCUGCAAGCAGCAGCAGGUUAGGCAGCAGGGCCACCAGCAGGAGGACCCAGGGAGCCCGCGCCCUGCCCUGCGCCCACGCCCUCAGGGGCCCAGCACCGUGGUGCCAGAGCUCCGAGAUCGCCGGUACUACCCUAUCCUCCGGCUUCAGGAGGCCAGGGCCCAGAGGUCUCCAAUGAAACUGAGGGGUCAGAUGCUGUCCCAGCUCCGGCCGGGCCGCACCCUGGACAACUCCAUCCGGACCCUGAAGCUGCCGCUGCCACGGGUGGAACUGCAGCCUUUCCCCCUAGACUGGCCCAGGCCUGCCCGUCCACUGCCCUCACUGCUCUUGCAGCCAGCCCUGCAGCGCUACUUCCUGCCAGACGACACGGACCCUGACAGCUACAGCUGACCAGGCUAGCAGCCUCGGCCUGACCCCGUCCCCCCUCCCUUUCCCUCCAGUCUGGAGUCAGGACACAGCUCUCUAGCUGGCUAUUUGCCCCUGGCCGGGGCCCAGGGCUGGAAUAAAGUCCACAUGCAACAGCCAGCACACUGGAUGCCACCUUCAUCUUUAGGGGCCGCUGAGGUGGGCAGAGAGGUCUGGCUGGUGUGUCGUGAGCCUGCCGGUGGCCAGCUGCACAUGUGAGGCAGGAGCUGGGGGCACGGUGGGGUCCAGGGUGGGACAGGAUUUGGGCUGUGGUCAGCACAUGGUGGAGCAGCGUUCCUGGUCGGGACGGGCCAGUCUACUCCGGAGAGGGAAGCAGGAGGAUGGGUGUGCCCUGCUCAGGCACGCAGCCAACCGUUAUCAGUUAUUACUGGGGUUGGGGUGGCCACAGGUGUGUGGGGAGAAACCUGCAGUUGUUUGAUGCAGGUGAAACCAGGAGUCUGUCAGAGCUCUGCUACUUGUAGGCUAGAAAGGAGGAUUGAUGAAGCGGCCCUUCGUGCUUUAUUCAAGGAGCAACAAAGGGGCAGUGUCGUCUGGACCUUUCAACCUAAAAGUCACCAGGAGGUCGACCAUGUCUGUGACGCAUAGGGUCUCAAGAGGGCCUGAGCUUUCUUCUGAACGGCUGUGACCUCAGAAGGCACUGACCCAGCCACCGUGGGACCCCGGGGUACAUGUCUGCUGGGACUGCCUUUGCUGAGGGCCCGUUCCAGCUUUCACAGCUGGCUGCUGGUGGCCUGGG